AUGACUAGAAUAGAAAAGUUGCUUCCUCAAUACAUCGAUCCAAUACCCGAUUGGGCUCACACGAGCGUAUCUCCCACCCUAACCCUAUUUGCCCCCCACCCCAUUCGCGCCCUCGAUCGAGCUCUCCCCUCUCCUCCACCUCUUCCUCCUCUCUCCUCCUUCUCCUUCACCUCUCCGAUCUCUCCUCCACGAGCUCCAAAGCCUCGCGUGCACCUCCACGCGCUCCUCAGCCUCGCCGCGGUGGGGAUGCGGGGCCCUACCCUUGACGAGCUCCUCGCCGUGCUCGCCCCCGCGGGCGGUGCCGGCGCCACCGCGGACGACGUCGCUGCCCUUGCCGCCCACGUCGUCGGCCGCGUCCUCGCCGACGCCUCCGCCGCCGGUGGGCCCCUCGUCUCCUUCGCGAACGGGGUGUGGGUCGACGCCUCCCUCUCCCUCAAGGCCAUGUUCGCGGAGAUCACCGCCUCCACUUACAAGGCGGAGAUCCAACCCGUCAAUUUCCAAACCAAGGGUUCUCAAAGCACUUACCAGGAAAUUUCAGUUGCACAAAGAUGUAUCACUACUCUCAGUAGCUAAGAUGUGUCCUCCAAAUUUCACUGGUGCGGAUAUGUAUGCACUAUGUGCAGAUGCUUGGUUUCAUGCUGCAAAACUCAAGGUUUCAAAUCAUUCCGCAGAUUCUCCAAACUCUGAAGAAAAAAGCAAUUCAGUUGUCGUUGAAUUUGAUGAUUUUGUGAAGGUAUACGAUGCCCUGCUCUAACCAUCUCUAAGAACAGCUGGAGCUGCGGAAAUUGAAGUGGGAAGCAAGAAUUUCAAACAUGCGGUGUUUGUUAUUUUUUAGCUACAUUUUGAACAAGUAUUUUUUGUUAGAACUUAUGUUUGAAAUUUAAUUUGAAUACUGAGAUUGUAAUUUGAGAGUUGA